AUGCCACCCAAGUCAAAAGGCAGCUCCAAGGCCCCCAAUUCCGAGCCCAAAGCUGCAUCCGAGUCGCCGCUCCCGCAGACCGUCAGCCUCCGCUCCGAGCAGCGCUUCUUCAGGACCAACCCGUGCGAGAAACGCCGCCAAGACGUUGGCAUCUCCGGCCUGACCCCCGCCGAGAAGAAGACGUACACCUACACCCACCUCAUCCUCCCCGUCGCCAACCGCCACGUCCCGCUCUCCAACAAGGCCGAGCGCGAGUUCUGGAAGCACGUCACCAAGGAGGGCCUCCCGAUCCGCCGCCUCUCGCCCAACUACAGCUGGGGCAAGGACCGCUCCGGUCGCGACAUCGGCACCUACUCGCCCGACGAGCUCGAGCAGCGCACACUCAAGCACGCACGGCUUACGGCGCUACAGAUCCAGCACCGACAGUUUCUAAGCAAGAGGGAGCUUGCAACCAAGAAUCACGGCACCGAGGUCUCUAGUGAGGAUAUUGAGGAAGAAAAGAAGAGAAGACAAACUAUGGCGGCACUGAAAAGGGACCUCUACGGGGAGACCACGGGAGCGCUGGCCAAGGACCCGGAGUGGGAUGAUGUGAUUCCAAUCCCCCAGGACGAGCCUGAGGGAGCUCUCGCGCAGAUUGCAUAUCCCGAUGAUUAUGCCGAGGCCGUAUCGUACCUCCGCGCCGUCAUGGCUGCGGACGAGUGCUCGCCCCGGUGUCUCCGCCUCACCGAGCAUGUCAUCUCCAUGAACCCUGCGCACUACACCGUCUGGCUCUACCGAUUCAAGAUCAUCUCCGUGCUGAAGCUAUCCAUCCCGGAUGAGAUCACUUGGCUCAACCAAGUCGCCCUUGCCAACCUCAAGAACUACCAGAUCUGGAACCACCGCCAGCUGCUCAUGGAUUACUACUAUCCCGUCAUUGAGGAAGAGACUGCUACCGUCCGCACCCUCGCACGCUCAGAGACGGCCUUCAUCACCACCAUGCUCGUUGAAGACGCAAAGAACUACCAUGUGUGGUCCUACCGCCAGUACCUCGUUGGCAAAUUGUCCAUGUGGACCUCCAGCGAGCUUGGCUCCACGCAAAACCUCAUAGAGGAGGAUGUCCGCAACAACUCGGCCUGGUCCCACCGCUUCUAUCUUGUCUUCUCGGACCCAACAGGCUCGACCGCGGGUUCUGGCCCGACGGAGCACGACCCCAAGGUCCCCGAGACCACCCUCAACCGCGAAAUCGGCUACGCCCAGGAAAAGAUUGCCCUCGCCCCGCAGAACCAGUCACCUUGGAACUACCUUCUCGGCGUGUUAGCCAAGGGCGGUCGCAAGCUAGCCACUCUCCAAGAGUUUGCAGAGCAAUACAUCACCGCGCUGGGCGAGGAUGCUGAGGAAGUCCGCAGCUCCCACGCGCUCGAUUUCCUAGCCAAGGUGUACCACGAGAACGGCGACAAUGAGAAGGCGAAGUUGUGCUUGAGGCGGCUGAGCGAGAAAUGGGAUCCUGUACGUGAGGGAUACUGGAAGUACCGAACUACGCUCCUUGAAGGGCCUAUGGAGUCUGCAUGAGUCAGCUAUGUCGUUUAUGAUGAAAGAGAACCAGUCAAUGAACACAUUUACAUAUGGGAGGUAUGGUAGAAAAUCCCGAAUUGACAUUCCAUUGGUUUGCAAUGUCCGACAAACUUUUGAAGGUAUCUCUGAGAAUGAGAGACUGGCCAGUGAAGGUAUCAGAUAUUGUAAAUGGUCUCGGACUUAAUGAGACAAGAAGUCUGUCUUUAAA